AUGGCACGCGUAUUUGCGGAGGAAUAUGCGACUCCCAGUGGUUGGCGAACGCGAGAGCCCGGCUUCAUAAUCUGGGCAUUUAUCAGCCUGCUCAGCGUUCUGUUGCACAUAUUCUUCUAUAGCAUCUACUUCCUUCCUGGGUACCUGCGCCCGAGUGGGCAAUGGAGUUAUCGCCAGGCGCUGACGAGCCAACUCAUGAGGGUUGUUCUCAGCGUACUUGCUGACUUAGGUUUCAAGCGGCCUCUGAGCCUCGAAGCUCACAAUCAGGAAGAACAAUGGGUGGUUAUGGAAUAUGGCCCUGCGGAAGCUUAUCAAGGUCCAAUAUCAAGCAGUUUUCUGAGGCUGGAGCGGAUUGGUGCAACUUGGUAUCCGAGUACGCCGCCCAAGGCUCCUUCUGGUGCCGCAGCUUGUAUCGAUGACAACGGUCUCAUUAUUCUUUGCUUCCACUCUGGGUUAGGAGACGAUACACGUGCUCUAUGGGUGCAGUACCGGCUCGCCGGCGACCCGAAGAAGCCGACGCCAUAUCCCGGACCUAUACAGGAUGCGCUGACUGCGUAUCUCUUCCUUGCGGACGAGUUCGGAAUUCCUCCGCAUCGCAUUGUCCUUGCGGGAGACUGUUCCGGAGCAACCUUGGCGGUGGCGCUUCUGCGCUAUAUCUCUUCCGAUGCCGAGAAAAACGGCGGCUUGCGGGGCCAGAACCUUCCGGCUCCGCCCAAAGCGUGUCUUAUUUUCUCACCGCCCGUCGAUUAUAGCGCGGAAGGGGAUUCGCAAGGGAUAGACAUGCACCGCAAUCACAAGAUCGACUACGUUGAGGGGCGAACGGCAGCGUGGGGUGCGCGAUCCUUUGCGCCGCCGCCGUUCCGCUUAGAUAAUCCUUAUCUUUCCAGCCUUGCAUCCGUUCGCAACGCCGGUACCCAUCUUCGUGCAGGUGCGGAGGUACUCUACGAGACUAUUAGAGCGUUCACUGAAGCUAUGCAAACGAUACCGGGGAAUAGGGUAAAGUAUUUAGAGGUUUCAGAUGCCCCGCACGAUAUCUUUAUGGUUGGAAAUAUCCUUGGUUGGCUGAAAGAAGCGGAGGGGUCUGUCGAUGCCGCAGCCGCGUUCCUAUCUCGGAUGUGA